AUACACGGCUCAAAUGUACUCCCGUUUCUCUUCCCUGAGUGUCGAACCCGCAUCAUGCGGGUGAGGGUGUAAGGCCGCCCCACUGCGGUAAAUCCUCAUUGACAAUAGUUACUUGCUCAAAUUUUGAUAGAAAGAGAGAAUAAUUUGGGGAACGAAAAUGGACUGAUUAGCAGUUUCAACACAAAAGAGUGUGAAAUUAUAAAAGUAAAUGGGAGACUAAAGUAAUACUCAACCUCUUUUUCUUCCUUUACAAAAAUAUAAGAUAGAUUUAUUUAUGUUAACAUCACUGUAAAAAAUUAUAAUUUACAACAUUACUAACACAAUCCAAAAUAUACAAAUUCUAGCAUUAAUCAUUGUUGUCUUGUCAAGUAUAUGAGAAAAAUAAAAUCCAAUCACUCAAUAUUUCUUUCUUUUAAUUAUCACUUCCAAAUAAUAAGGAUAAAAAUUAAAAGACCUUAAAUAGCGUAUACCACAUCUGUUUUUGUCUGAGAGUCUCAACUCUUACCAUCCUCCUACCACAUUCCAUUCAUAAUACACCGUAUCAUCAUCAUUCACUGUACAGAUCUCAUCAUCUUCCUCUUUCUCGGUUUCUCCCUUUCAAAUUUCAUACAUCCUCUUUACAAAAUUCGAACCCACAAAAAGAGAAAAGCUUCUAAAUUUGUGUAUUUUGAUUUUCUUUUGUAUGUGUGUGUGCGUUUUUUCUCUUUCUCUUUCUCUAUCUGUGUGUCUGUCUCUGCUCCAAUUCCAUCCAUCACGUUAUCAAACUCAUAUAUACACACAUCAAAUCUCUCUCCUUCAGCAUCCCUUUUAGGCAAAUACGCAAACGCAACGCACACAAUCACAUGUUCCUCUCUUCCCACUCCAAACUACAUUCUUACUGUAACACACAUAAAGUUUGCCUCUUUUCACUUUCUCCCUCAUUUCCUCCAAUUCCUUGAUCUGGGCUGUCUUUCUUCUUCUCCGGUUUUCAUCAUCUGAAUUGAAUUCAAUUGAAUUGAAUUGGGAUUGAAUUGAAUUUGAUCCCGUCCCUCUUUAUCUCUUGAGGGGGGUUGCGGAUCUCUGUUGCUUUUUUCCCCCCCUUGUUUUCUGUUUGCUCCUGCUGGUGCUACUCAGUCCUAGCCGCCUGGUUGCCUUGCCUUGCCGCCUUCUUCUUGGUCGCCGGUUGUGUGUACUUGAGAGCAAAAAUAAUGGAGGCCCAGAAGAAACAAUCAGCGGUGUCAGAUGUUGGAGCAUGGGCUAUGAAUGUUGUCAGUUCGGUCGGAAUUAUAAUGGCCAACAAGCAGCUCAUGUCCGCCGGUGGUUACUCCUUCAGCUUCGCAACUACAUUGACUGGUUUCCAUUUUGCUGUGACUGCACUUGUGGGGAUGGUGUCAAAUGCGACCGGAUUGUCGGCAUCAAAACAUGUCCCUUUGUGGGAGCUUCUCUGGUUCUCAAUUGUUGCUAAUAUGUCCAUUACUGGGAUGAAUCUAAGUCUUAUGCUUAACUCCGUGGGAUUUUACCAAAUCUCGAAAUUGAGCAUGAUCCCAGUAGUCUGUGUAAUGGAGUGGAUACUUCACAAUAAACAGUACUCAAGGGAAGUUAAGAUGGCUGUAGUAGUUGUGGUUAUAGGUGUCGGUGUUUGCACUGUUACAGAUGUCAAAGUCAAUGCCAAAGGAUUCAUAUGUGCUUGUGUUGCGGUGCUCUCAACGUCAUUGCAACAAAUUUCAAUAGGUUCCCUGCAGAAGAAGUACUCAAUUGGAUCAUUUGAGUUGCUGAGCAAAACAGCACCCAUCCAAGCAGCUUCACUUCUCGUUUUCGGCCCUUUUGUUGACUAUUAUCUUUCCGGAAGAAUUAUAUUGGAGUACAAGUAUACUAUGGGCGCUAUUUUAUUUAUUCUGCUGUCAUGCUCGCUUGCCGUUUUCUGCAACGUGAGUCAGUACCUGUGUAUCGGGCGCUUCUCAGCCGUAUCCUUCCAAGUUUUAGGACACAUGAAAACCGUCUGUGUCCUCACAUUGGGAUGGCUGUUGUUCGAUUCGGAGUUGACAUUCAAGAACAUCAUGGGAAUGUUGGUAGCGGUGGUCGGAAUGGUGGUUUACAGCUGGGCCGUAGAGGUUGAGAAGCAGCAAACAAAUGCUGCGAAAGUGACGUCAGGCGGAAAACAUAGCCUGACGGAAGAGGAAUUUAGAUUAUUGAAGGAAGGAGUAGAAAAUGCUCCUGUCAAGGACCUUGAACUUGGUGACCAAAAGGCCUAGUAUUAAGGCGGUGACCAUGAUGACAUUUUGUGUGAAGCAUUUUUAGCAGAUUAUGAUUUUUUUCUUCUUUUCUUCUUCUUUUUUUUUUUUUAAAUAUAAUUUUUAGUUAGAAAUUAGUUCCAUUUAUCUACUAUACCAGCAGGAUAUGGACAUGGAUGACCUUUGAUUUUGGGUUAACCUAUUUAUAGAAGUUCUGUUUAUUUGUAGACCUCCUAGCCGCUAGGCCUUCUUCAAAGGUCCGAAGAUGGCAACCAAAUGGAAUUUGCAGGGUCCAAAAGAGCAACAAUUCUAUAUGUAUCACUGAAUUAUCUUGGUUUAUUGUGCUUCAAUAUUCUGUAGUUCCUACUAAUCAAGAGAGUCUGACAAGAUUUUCAAAAAGACGACUACAGCGUCAAUUGCGAAACGCUCUUGCUAGCUCAUUUUCAGAUUACGGAGGAAGGUCAAAUUUCAAGCUUACCUUUCGAAAUCUGACUAGUCGAACAUUGAAUGGAAACACGCUUUUCAAGUUACAGAGUGGUCCAA